GCUGCAGGGGGAGCUGCAGCUGAGGGGCCCCGGCGUGAUCGGCAAGUGGGAGCGGUGCCACCUCCUCCUGGACGGCGGCACGCUGAGCCUGUCGGCCCCGGCGGACUCCCAGAGCCCCCGGGUCAUCAGGCUCGCCGAUGUCACCGGCCUGUCCCUGAACGAGACCCGGCGCGAGUGCAGCUUCGCCGCGAAGGGCGGGCCCGUGCGCCUUCGGUCGGAGCAGCUGCAGACAGUGCGCACAUGGCACGCGGCGCUGGCGGACUCGGUGUCGAAGCUGUCGCAGAUGCAGCAAAUGCCGCAGACGCUUCGCAUCCCG